AUGGAUAUUUCCCGGCUGUCUAGAGAGGAACAUAGCUCGCGCAGCCAGAUCGAGUUCGCGAUCAUCGAGAGACUUCGCUUCGACAAGGCCGCACUGAAGCGAUGCGCUUUGGUCUGUCGGCGAUGGCGCUACAUCAGCCAAUCCCACCUCUUCUCCUUCAUCAGCCUGCCCAGUUCGCGUUUGGCGGACUUCGUCACCACACUGAGCGUCAAUCCAACCCUCGGAGGCCAUUUACGAAGCAUCGACUUCCGGGGACAAGCAAAUGUCGGCUAUGUCCCGCUCCCUUUACCACUCCUCGGGCAUCUCCUGUGCUAUCUCCCUCACUUGUCCGAGUUGUACAUCAGCAGCAGCUCUCUCGAAGCUUCAUAUCCCUACCCUCCCCGAAUGGAGCUCACCGGAGGGAGCUGGCGUCCCUCUUCCCUUGACCUCCUCAGUUUCUACAACUGCACCGCCCCCGACUCCAGCGUCAUGCCCUUGCUCUGGCUCUUGUGCUUGUUUUCGAGGAUUGGUCGCUUGUCGAUCACCGAGGCCAAUUGGGAGGAUGGAGCCGUCGAGGAGGUCCCCGCGGAGGACUGCAACACGCCUGCCAUUCAUGCGAUCACGAUCGAGAGCAUCCCUGAGGACGUGGACGUCUGCCUCUUCGACCUCCUCGAGGUCUCCGGAUCCCUCGCUGGACCCCUCCGAGAGCUGGACAUCCACAUCCUUCGCGACCGCCCGGGCACUCCAAACCUCCUCACCGACAUCGUCGACCGCGGCGCCCAGGGCCUUCGAAAGCUCAGAAUCAACAUAUGCAGCCUGAACCGCCCAUGCAUGCUCUUCGAAUUCGUGGACCUCGACUUCGCGAACCUACCCGCGCUCGAGGAGCUCACGCUCGUCGUCCAGCGCGGCGGCUGGACGAUGAACACGGUGACGAACACGAGCUUCCUCCGCGCCUGGCUCUCGAUCUGGACGCGCUUCGUGCGCACCGCCGCGCCCGCGCUGCACACCGUCACGCUCGAACUCGACGCGAUGACGGAGUCGUUCGGCCGGUUCCUCGCGAGCGUCCGGCACGCGUGCGAGCACGACCAGAAGCACCGCGACGCGUGGGCCGCGCUGGACGCCGCGCUGGCCGGGCGCACGCCCGCACUGCGCCGCGUGGAGGUCUUUGUCGGGGAGGACCGUGCAUCGGUCAAAGCUCACAUCCAGGGGCCGCUGGAGGAGCUAUUGCGGUCGUGCUUGGCGCAGACGUGGGCGACGGGCCGCGCGAGCUUCGCGUGGUUCGAGCCGUGGAUGGUGAAUGACUGGGCGAGGGACGCUCCGCCGCGGGUGAUUGUUCUCAACGAGGAGGGAGAAGAAUUUGAUUUCGAGGACAUGGUUAAGGGCGAUGAUGGAUCUGACGACGAAGAGGACAUGGAAGAGGACGGCGAUGAAUCCGGCGAAGACGACGACAUGGGCGAUGAUGAUGAGUUUCCGGGGAAAUAG